AUGUUGGGCCAGAGUAUCGGGAAGUUUACCACCUCCAUGGUCUGCGUGGUCAAUGAGGGUCUGGGGAAGAAUUUGCCAUUUUUGGUGGAAAACAAAUGGCGGUUAUUGGCUAUGAUGACCAUGUACUUUGGAUAUGGAUUUGCUGCUUCUUUCUUUAUAGUAAGGCGCCAGCUACUUAAAAAAUAAGGAUAUUUAAUUCAUCCCUCUAACAGAAUGAAGAAAGUUUAAGAGAUAUGAUCU